UCGUCACCAUGUACGAUGGGGCGAGGGUGCCUUCCCCCCAGGACAUUGUUAACGGUGUGCUUCCUACGGCCGUGGCCGUGGCAGGAACAGGAGCCGGGGAGGGCGGGUCAGUGUCGGUACCCGCCCUGGCUGUGGGGCCCAAUCCAGAAGAAGAGGAGGUUCCAGAGGAGGAGCCAAGUCCGGAGCCUGUCCUAGUGAAGAAGGCCCACAGGGAGAUCCUAGACCAUGACAGAAAGAGGAGGGUGGAGCUGAAAUGCAUGGAGCUCCAGGAGAUGAUGGAGGAACAGGGGUACUCUGAGGAGGAGAUCAGGCAGAAGGUCGGCACCUUCAGACAGAUGCUGAUGGAGAAAGAAGGAGUGAUCACCAGAGAGAGAGCACACACUGACCCAACGGUCAAGGUCCAUGGUGAGGUGCAGACAGACCCAGCUGAAGGUUACCAUGAGGACGGCGAAUGGCACGGAGAUAAAGACGGUUAUAGAAUAAAGAGGAACUCUAGCAGCUCUCCAUCUCCUCGACCAAAGAAGAGGAAGAAGAAGAAACGUGCGGUCAGAAGGAGUCGGUUUGACAGCUCAUCUCCCUCCCGCAGAGAGAAGAAGAAGAAGAGUGGGAAAAAACACAAGCGAGACAGGUCGACGUCUGGUCAUAGGAGAAAGAGGAGAUACAGAUCGGGUAGCCCGAAGAACAAACUGAAAGACAAAACCAGAAAGAGGUCCCCAUUAGAGUCCCCCAGUCGGACGUCUCAGCGUAGAGGCAGCUGCUGUAGCUCCCACAGUGCAUCACUCUCCUCCACAGGCCACAGCCCCUCCAAGUCCCUCGGCAGGCCCAACUCCAAGCACAAGACAGAAGGACACAAGGCCUGUGUGAGCCCGUCCCCGUCUCCGUCCCCCGGUCCUGACGGUCCUGUCACGUGGCACAACGGGCACCACCACCGCGACCGCGGCUUCAACGGCAAGGCGGGCAGACUCAACCACAGCCACGCGGUCGAGGAGGACAAGGAGCAAGAUAAGCUGAGAAUGCUGACUGCUGUUUCUCCGGGAGCCCAGUCGACCACGAUACUGCCACAACUGAGAGGAGGAGAGAACAAGGCCCACACUGCCCUCUACAGGGCCCCAGGAAGUACUGCUGCCCAGGCUGGAGAGGCCCUACAUGGGGAGGACAGGCAGACGACGGACCUGGGGUCGUCAGGGAGAUGGGGAGGUCACAGAGGUCACAGAGUCCAGGGGAAGCGCUCCCAUUCACCGACUCACAGCAGUGACUCCGCCCACUCUCAACAUAACCUGCAUCCUCACAGAGAAAAGAGCUCUCACCAGAAGAAGGCUAAAAGAUCCCACUCUUCCAAGCGUCACCACCAUGGGGGUCGCGGACAGGCCCAUCACCAGAGGCUGUCUGCAUCCCCAGGGCGGCACCACCAUGCGUCUGGGUCAGGCACCAAGAAGAGUGAGUCUCGGGGGCGGGGCGGUGUCGGGGUCCGGCAGCGCAGCAGCUCCUGGAGCUCAGGACGGUCCUCAUCAUGCUCUGCCUCCAGAGAGAGAGGCCCCAGCAAGGCCAAGUCUCUCCACGUCCAUGCCAGACAGAACAAUUCCAGUUUUUCCGCUAAGGACAGAGAUAGUCCUCACCACUCUGACGCUGACCGUGCUCACCGUCGUUCCAGGAGCUACUCUCCCAUCAGGAAGAGGAGACGAGACUCUCCCAGCUUCAUGGAGGCUCGCAGGAUCACCAGUGCUCGGAAGCGGCCUAUCCCGUAUUACCGCCCCAGCCCUUCCUCCUCCAGUUCCAUGUCAAGCUCCUCCCAUUCAGGGAGGAGUCGCAGUCGCAGCUACAGCUGCAGUCACAGCCGCACCAGGAGCCACAGCCGCUCACGCAGCCCCAGGAGCCACAGCCGCUCACGCAGCCCCAGGAGCCACAGCAACUACAGUCGCAGCAGCUAUGAAAGCCCCGGCUUCUGAUGAGAGAGAGACAGAGAGAGGGAGAGUUGGGGGAGAACAGCAGGAGAGAUUGAGGGAGAGAGAGGGGGAGGGAGAUAAAUCAUGUUAUGCGUCCCUGAUUGGUCCAAACACAGGGUCAGACCUUCUCUGUUUUUUAUACCAUCCUCAGUCUCCAUCUCCAACCAGAGCCUGGAUCUGAAAUAUCGAUUUGUCUUCACACAGGCACUUAUUUAAAAAAACAUUUUUCAGAUCAUGCUUUUAGAAGAUAAUUAAUAAAGAACAAUUCUGUAAGCACUUUCUCUAUAUGUUUCUGCAUAGCAAAAGUAAAACCCCUCCCCAAAAAUGUUCCAGCAUUGGGACACUUCCACAGAGUUUGUCAAAGAAGAUGAAAAGAAGAGAUACAAGUGAAAGAAAGAAAUCAAAUCAAAUGAAACAGCACAGGGCAAUUCUUCCUCCAAUGUCAUGACGUAAUUUCCCCAAAGACACUUAUGCUUAGGAACCAGAGAGAUCAAAACAGAUGCGAUAAAGAACAAAAGAAAAGAUGGCUGACGAUUUAGCAUGCAGAAGGGAACUGAUAUAUCAGGAUGUAUAGAUGAUUCUAAACUGUAAGUUCUGGCUUGUAAACUAUGCACUGUAUAUUCUAUGUGAUUUUUUUUUGGAAGAGGCUUGUUAUUUGAUGGUGACUUCGCAUGAUGAUGCAACAGAAAGGAGGAAGACUGCUGCUUGUACCAGAGAGCUGCCUGCCAUUACAGGACUACAGGUCCCAGGGUGCAUCAGUCCCUGCCCCUGCCACUACAGGACCUCAGGUCCCAGGGUGCAUCAGUCCUUGCCCCUGCCACUACAGGACUACAGGUCCCAGGGUGCAUCUGUCCCUGCCCCUGCCAUUACAGGACUACAGGUCCCAGGGUGCAUCUGUCCCUGACACUACAGGUCCCAGGGUGCAUCUGUCCCUGCCCCUGCCACUACAGGACUACAGGUCCCAGGGUGCAUCUGUCCCUGCCCCUGCCACUACAGGUCCCAGGGUGCAUCUGCCCCUGCCAUUACAGGACUACAGGUCCCAGGGUGCAUCUGUCCAUGCCCCUGCCAUUACAGUACUACAGGUCCCAGGGUGCAUCUGUCCCUGCCCCUGCCAUUACAGUACUACAGGUCCCAGGGUGCAUCUGUCCCUGCCCCUGCCAUUAUAGGACUACAGGUCCCAGGGUGCAUCUGUCCCUGCCCCUGCCACUACAGUACUACAGGUCCCAGGGUGCAUCUGCCCCUGCCAUUACAGGACUACAUGUCCCAGGGUGCAUCUGUCCCUGCCCCUGCCAUUACAGGACUACAGGUCCCAGGGCGCAUCUGUCCCUGCCCCUGCCACUACAGGUCCCAGGGUGCAUAUGUCCCUGCCCCUGCCACUACAGUACUACAGGUCCCAGGGUGCAUCUGUCCAUGCCCCCUAUUCUGACUUGGGGCACAUUCAGAUAGAAGUAUGCUAUGUAGAACAAACAUGGAUCUCUGAGAUGUAGAAUAAGGAAUCACGUCGGCCCUAUUUGUGGUAUUUCUAUCUGAAACGAUCGAGAACAUUUUGGUACCGAACAUGGCCCUGACAUUCCUGACCUGUAAUCACACACUGCGGCAAAAAAAAAACAAGGGACAGAUGUUUGAUUAUCAUGUACUUCUUCCUCUCUUCCUUAUUCCACUAUUUAUUAUGUCCAGACCUCUUGCUCAAUGACUAGUGAUGUGAAGUCGCUCUGUAAAGAUGCUCUUUCUAAAGAUAUUUUCUGCAAAAGCAUCCAUGCGAUCAUGUGGGUCUAUCUUUUAUCCACAGCUAUUUGUUCAGUUAUUUAUUCCAAUUAUUUAUCUAUUUCUUUUGAUAUUUAUUUGUUUAUUUAUUUGAUUAUUUAUUUGUUUUUUUUGUCUCAUCGAAUGUUUUUAAAAACAAUUUGAAGAAGCGUGUUGUUGAGAUGUUAAUAUUUAGUGGGAGAAUUGCUGCAUAUGUACACGUUCUCAUCUAUGAACAUACACAACGUCAAUUGAUGUUUUAACCCAAAUCCUUUUUUUUUGUCAUGAAAAUUUCUGCUUCCUUUAAUAGCUUGUUGCUAUGGGUUUUCCAUCGCUUACCUGAUUGAUGUAUACUGCUCUUACACAGGGUUACUUAGGGGGACUGUUACCUGACUGUCUCCUGGUGCAGGGGGUGCCUAGUUACAGUCUUAGGGGGACUGUUACCUGUCUGUCUGUCUCCUGGUGCAGGGGGUGCCUAGUUACAGUCUUAGAGGGACUGCUACCUGACUGUCUCCUGGUGCAGGGGAUGCCUAGGUACAGUCUUAGAGGGGCUGUUACCUGACUGUCUCCUGGUGCAGGGGGUGCCUAGUUACAGUCUUAGAGGGGCUGUUACCUGACUGUCUCCUGGUGCAGGGGGUGCCUAGUUACAGUCUUAGAGGGGCUGCUACCUGACUGUCUCCUGGUGCAGGGGGUGCCUAGUUACAGUCUUAGAGGGACUGCUACCUGACUGUCUCCUGGUGCAGGGGAUGCCUAGUUACAGUCUUAGAGGGGCUGUUACCUGACUGUCUCCUGGUGCAGGGGGUGCCUAGUUACAGUCUUAGAGGGACUGCUACCUGACUGUCUCCUGGUGCAGG